AUGCCUUCCAACUCGCAGUAUCGGCCAUUGACGCGAAAGCCAGGAGGAGCAGGUGGUCCGGUUGCGCCCGCAGCACCCUUGGUUCUGCAAGCAGGCAAGGUGCUGACAGCAGCGAGCGCCGUCUUCAUCUUUCUCAGUCUGGUCGCUUCGCUGGGACCUGGUCCAGCAACAUCGGGAUCUCCACGUGGAGUUCGAAGAACAGGAGUCAAGGCUCCAUUGUGCGAUCCUUUUUCUCUGCCUGGAUACCUGGCUCGGCUGGGUCCUAGCUUGGCGGCGCCCAACGGACUCGCCACGUGGAGGACAUUCGAUCCGGCCUGCUCUGCCUCUCCCUUGUUGCCCAGCUUCUUGAGCAGCUUACCCUCCACAGCUCCUCAUCAUCUGCACACCCCGAGCGCAUCAAGCCUGGCGAUGCUCAGCAACUCGACGGUGCUGCUGGUGGGCGAUGCGACAGACUCGACAUUGCUGACACAUCUGUGCGACAUUGCUGGUGAAAGAGUGGAAAAGGUGGAUGGAAGACAUCCGUGGAGCGAAGCGCUCAGGCUUGUACCCAAGAAUCAUCGUUGGCCCAACAAUGAUGCUGCAGCUCUCAAAUUGGGAGCAAAGCCAGACGACAGGGCCGAGAUAGACAACACUGCCGACAAGACGUUGGCGCAAUACUGCUACUUGCCAGAUCACGACUUCUUCGUUGCGAGCGUCUCUCACUAUGGUACCGAUACUUCAUCCAAAUGGCGCGACUUGCCUACCUACGUGACGCCAGCACUGUUCGAAGAUCGCGUUACCGACCUCUUCUUGCCCUUUACCAAAGCCAUCACUUCCACAUCGUCGCAGCAUCGCGCGCCAUCCCUUCCCCCGCCUCGCGCCGGUGUGGAUCUGGUAGUGUUCAAUUCUGGACUGUGGGAUUUAGCAGGCUGGGCAAAGGAGGAUAUCAAAGCUGGAAGGAGCGCUACGAGCGACUUGUCGGAAUCUCGGCUGUUGGAAUGGAGAGCUAGGAGCGUAGAUAUGCUCAGUGAGCUCAGCAGGGCUUUCCCUAGGAGCAGCUUGGCUUGGAGAAGCCUCUUUACGCCCGCUUCUGCUGGCGAACAGAGCGCUACUGUGGAGUGGUGGACGGGCGAGUACGCGCCUGGAGACGAGCCAAAGAAUCAUCCGCUCUUCUCGCUGAACCGGCUGAGCGCGCUGGAUAAUGCCAGAUCAUCGGUUUUGAGACCGCACGGGGACGAUGUGGCGAAAGGUCUGAGGGAUAGGGGAGCCAGGCUUCCCAAGAGGGUUAGGAGCAUGCCCUGGGGCGAGUUGCUUCUCGGCCAAGCGCAAUUGGAUCCCAUCUCUCCUUCGCUCGAGACGGGAGGCAGCGUAUUUGUAGAGACUUUGCUGCAUCAAGUCGCAGUAGCUGCUGCUGGAUACUGA